GAGAGAGUUUGUAUUUGUGUGUGUAUUUCUGUGCCGCGCACCUUUAUUCUUCAGCAUCUUUGAGGUAGUAGAGAGAAGCAGGUCUGCAUCUGCUCCAUCGUUUCCAAUGAAUUAUCAUUACAUUCCUGCGUCCGCCAGCUGACAAACUGCACAGCACGUUGUGGAGAGAAAGAGGAUUUUGUAUUAUUAUUAUUAUUAUUAUUAUUAUUAUUAUUAUUAUUAUUAUUAUUACUCAUCGCUUAUCAGAGCAGCGAUUGUCAAGAUUCGAGCUUCUGAUCAGAUUGAGUCAUGGCGCAGGGAAAUAAUUAUGGGCAAAGCAGCAACGGGGUGACGGAUGAAUCUCCAAACAUGCUUGUCUACAGAAAGAUGGAAGAUAUCAUAGCACGUAUGCAAGAAGAUAAAAACGGGAUUCCCAUCCGUACAGUGAAAAGUUUUUUGUCGAAGAUUCCCAGUGUUUUUUCUGGUUCUGAUAUUGUACAGUGGAUGAUCAAAAACCUGAGUAUUGAAGAUCAAGUGGAGGCCCUGCACGUUGGAACCUUGAUAGCAGCACACGGAUACUUCUUUCCAAUCUCAGACCAUGUACUAACCCUAAAGGACGAUGGCACAUUCUACAGAUUUCAAACACCAUACUUUUGGCCAUCGAACUGUUGGGAGCCUGAAAACACUGACUAUGCGGUUUACCUCUGCAAGCGAACAAUGCAAAACAAAGCAAGACUGGAGCUUGCAGACUAUGAAGCUGAAAGCUUAGCCAGGCUACAGAGAGCAUUUGCUCGGAAAUGGGAAUUUAUAUUUAUGCAAGCAGAAGCACAAGCAAAAGUCGACAAGAAACGAGACAAAAUUGAAAGGAAGAUACUUGAUAGUCAAGAAAGAGCCUUUUGGGAUGUUCACAGGCCAGUUCCUGGUUGUGUAAACACUACUGAAGUUGACAUAAAGAAAUCUUCAAGAAUGAAAAAUCCUCAUAAAACCAGAAAGUCUGUAUACGGAUUACAGAAUGAUAUACGAAGUCAUAGUCCUACCCACACGCCAGCUCCUGAAGCCAAGCAGCCAACUGCAGAAGAGUUGCAAGACAAGAUAAAGUUCUGGCAAGUUCAAUUAGAUAGGCAUAGAUUAAAAAUGUCUAAAGUUGCAGAAAGUUUAUUAGGCUACACAGAACAGUACAUUGAAUAUGACCCAUUUCUCACACCUCCUGACCCUUCAAAUCCCUGGAUUUCAGAUGAUACCUCCAUCUGGGAGUUAGAAGCGAGCAAAGAGCCUGGCCAGCAGAGGGUGAAGCGAUGGGCCUUUGGUAUUAAUGAAGUUUUAAAAGAUCAAGUGGGGCGAGAGCAGUUUCUCAAGUUUCUGGAGUCUGAGUUCAGCUCAGAAAAUCUGAGGUUCUGGUUAGCAGUCCAAGAGUUGAAAAAAAGGCCCAUUCGUGAGGUACCGACUCGAGUCCAGGAGAUAUGGCUGGAAUUUCUGGCUCCUGGGGCUCCCAGUGCCAUCAAUGUAGACUCAAAAAGUUACGGCAAAACAACGCAAAACGUGAAAGACCCUGGUAGAUACACUUUUGAGGAUGCUCAGGAGCACAUUUACAAGCUGAUGAAAAGUGAUUCCUAUGCUCGUUUCAUACGCUCCGGUGCCUACCAGGAACUGCUACAGGCCAAGAAAAAGGACCGUAGAACCUCAUUUGAAAAAUUUACUCGCAAUGUGAAAAGUAAGAACUUAUUUUGAAGGAUUUUGCUUCCAGGGAAAAUCGCUUACUUCUAAGAGGCUGUCAGGUCUUGUGCAGUCAUAUUAAACAAUACAAACCUUCUCUUGGAAGAUGAUCAUUCCAUUUAUACAUAAUUGUAGUCCACUGUUCACUCAGCGAAAUCAGAGGACAGUAGACCAGUUGUUGCAUGUCUGAGGAACUAGGGUUUUUUUUUUUUUUUUCUCCUGUGUGUGGUAAGGCAGUAUGGACUUCUAAUGCCUUUCAGUUUUGUAGUCAUCUGCUCACUUCCUUUCAUAUCCGCUGGAUCUGUGUGUUUAUCGCCAGCUGUACAUUGAAAUAAUAAUUUUAAAAAGCUUCUGCCUUGGAACAUCACCUACCAAACAGAAGCAUAACAAAGUAUGCAUAUAUUAUUGGAAAUACAUAUGCCAUUUGUCAUUUACUGCACCACAAGAGCUAGCACAGAAGGUUCCCAUCACACUUGUAAAGUCACGUUCUGAAAACAACAAAAGCUGUGUCAUUGUCCAAUGUAGUCUGUGAUUCUUUGUUACUGUUUCUUGCAUUUCUUUUUUAUACCAUAUUUCAAAACACCUUUUACUUAAAAUGUAUUAAAGUUGGCCCUUUGUCUGUU